AUGGCCGAUAAAUCUAAAUUUCGAGAAUCAGUAAGACAAAAGUUUUCGAAAUCUUCUAAACUAUUUGUGGUUGCUAUAGACUUUGGGACUACUUUCUCUGGAUAUGCUUACUCAUCAAAGGCAGAAUGGACUAAGGUUUUCACAAAUAAGUGGACAGGGGGACUUCUUAUAUCCUAUAAGGCCCCCAGUGCACUUCUCCUCAACCCAGAUGAAUCAUUUCACUCUUUUGGAUUUGAUGCCGUGAACAAUUAUGCCUCUCUUAUUGCUGAUGAAGAUUGUCAGGACUAUCUGUUUUUCCAUCGGUUCAAAAUGAUACUGAAGACAAGCUUAGAAAAGAGAAUUCACAGAAAAACACAAUGUAUAGCUGAGAAUGGUAAAUCUGUAGAUGCCAUGAAGGUCUUCACUAACUGCAUCAAGUACAUGAAGGAUCAUCUAUUGGAAAAACUGCGAGAUAUUUCCGUAGAAAUUUUUAUGGAGGACAUAGACUUUGUUCUUACAGUACCUGCAAUCUGGGAAGAUACUGCUAAAAUGUUUAUGCGAGAAGCAGCAGAGAAUGCUGGGAUAAAAAGUGACCAGUUGAGGAUAGCCCUGGAGCCUGAAGCAGCGUUAAUUUACUGUCAGCUGAUGCAUUUAGAAUCGAAAGAAAACAGCAUAAUCUUUUUGGCUGGUCAAGAGAAAAAAUCUAAAUAUUUAGUCCUUGAUCUUGGCGGUGAGACUGCAGAUUUUACCGUUAUUGAGCAGGAGGCGGAUGGUACUUUCGCGGAGGUGAUUCCAGUAGGUGGAGGUCCGUGGGGCGGAAAUCGUUUGGAUCGAGCAUUCCAUGGUAUUUUAGCAGAACUGUUCGGUGAGGAUGUCAUGCGGAGAUUUAGAACUGAACCUGAUUUUGCUGAAGAUUAUAUAGAUUUUUUUCAAAGUUUCGAAUUGAACAAAAGGUUUUUUGAACCAAGAAAAGAUGAAUUAGUCCAUUUUCCUUUGCUUGGACUCCGUGAUUUAGUAAAGGCUAUCAAUAAAGGCAAAAAAAAUUCACCCAACAUCACUAUAGAAGAAAUCAUUAAAAAUUCAAGAUUCAAAGAUGAUCUGCAUGCUAGUUUUCAGAAACUACACAUAAAAAACUCUUUCUUUGAGCAAAUGAUUGUUCGAAUAGUAAAUUUACUUACUGACAAUUUAGCCGAUCUUUACAAAAAUAUUAGAGGAGGUUUAGAGGCAAUUCUUAUGGUUGGGGGGUUUUCAGAGUGUACCAUUGUCCAGGAAGCUGUCAGGGAUUUCUUUAAAGACAAAUGUAGAGUGAUUAUCCCAAGUGAAGCUGGCAUUGCCGUCCUGAAGGGAGCUGUCUACCUGGGUCAUCAACCACAUCUUAUCUCGGAACGUGUGGCGAGUCAUACUUAUGGAAUCCAAAUUUGGCCAAAGUUUGAUAAAACACUUCACAUGAAUUCAAAGCUUGUUAGGAUGGGAGAUGAAAAUAGAUGCAGAGAUGUAUUUUUCCGAUUUGUUACAAAGGGAGAAAAAAUUAAACCAGAAGAAAAUUCUUGCAUAUUCAAGGUAUUGAAACCAGAAGAAAGCAUGCUAGAAAUUGGCGUAUUCAUUUCAGCUGACAAUGACCCUCGAUAUGUUGAUGAGAAUGGUUGUGUAAAGCUAGGGCUUCUGGAACUUCCACUUCAAAGUACUGGAGAAGAUGAAAAUUUAGAAAUCGAAGUUGCUUUCACAUUCGACCAUUCAGAACUACAGGUUAAAGCUUACAAUUUUCAAACCAACAAAGAAUAUGAGGUUACUUUUGAUUUACUCUCCAGGUAAAUGGUUUUUUGAUUUCAAAGGAGCACAUCUGUUGGAAACUGUAUUUACAUGUAAACAUGUAUCUGGAACAAAUGACUUCUUAAUCAGUUGCAUUUAAAGCUUUGUUUUUAAAGAAAAUGCAAAAAAGGAACGA